GAUAACGCCAUGUUGUUUACAUACUUAAUUUGUUUGUUUGUUUUUUCAUGCGUAUUAACUUGAAAUAUUUUAACAGGCUUAUAUAGUUCCGAGAAUAUAUCAUCUUACUUCAACGAGAAAUGUUCGGUGCAUCAUAAGGGAGUGUUUUGCGUAAUUUAGUCAACAAUGCCUCCAAAACAGAGGAAAAUAGCGAUUAUGGGCUACCGCUCCGUAGGAAAGUCAUCAUUAACUAUACAAUAUGUGGAAGCACGAUUUGUUGAUUCUUAUGAACCAACCAUUGAAAACACUUUCACAAAGAAUACUAAAGUUGGUGGCCAAGAGUAUUUUCUCAAGCUUGUUGAUACUGCUGGGCAGGAUGAGUUUUCAAUUUUCCCACAGUCGUACUCAAUGGAUAUUCAUGGCUAUGUACUAGUUUAUUCUAUAACUUCCACAAGAAGUUUUGAAAUUGUUGAAAAAAUCUAUCAUCGCCUCCUGGAUAUGACUGGAAAAGUUCACGUCCCAAUUGUAUUAGUUGGCAAUAAAGUUGAUUUACACAUGGAAAGAACAGUGUCAUAUGAAGAAGGGAAAAGGUGUGCAACUAGUAUGAGAGCUGAAUUUUUGGAAGCAUCUGCGAAACAAAAUGAGAGUGUUACUGAUAUCUUCAAAACAAUCAUCAUGGAAAUUGAAAAGGCCAAUGGUAAUGUCCAAGAAAAGAGUAAUUGUUUGGUUUCAUGAUAAAAGUUUACUUUAAAACUUGCAAAAAUGCCAUGAAAGAAAGACAAGCUUGUUUAAUACUUGGUGGGUGAAUCGAGACUUAUCUGUUAGAAUUUGAAUUGUUUUUGUAUCCUUUUAUGCUAUUAAUAUUUUGUUGAUGUCAUUUUAAGAUUUUACUUUUUGUUGAAAAUACAAUCAAUUGUUGUUGACCUUUGUUUGAUCAUAGCUUAAAAAUAAAAGACAAUGAUGUUAUAAAAACUAUGCAUGUACAUAACUUUUUAAUUACAAUAAUGUUUAGUUUAUGUGUACAUAAAAUGAAUUGGUGCAAAGUACAUAGUGAAUUAUAUGUAUCUUAGUAAAAUGUUUCUUAUUGUGGUUUUAUCAAGGCAUGGUAAAAAUAUCCCAAAACUUUAUUACUCUACAAAACUUCAGCUUUUAGUUUAGCAGUAAAAGUUUUCUUUUAUACUUGUGGAACAAAUUGUGUAACUAUUGUAAUACAUCUGUAAAUUUCCUUUUUGUAGUUUGAAAAAAAUAUGUACAAUAAAAUCUUGAAUAUUAAAAACUCUUUUAUCAAUGAUUCUUUUUUGACCAAAUUUCUGGUUUUUUUUUUUUUUUCCCCUGCAGUGAAAUUACUAUUUAUAUGUGAAAGGCAUGUUUCAAUUUGCUUUUACUUUAUUCCUUAUUAAGUACAUUUGUUAAGAGUAAUAAUUACUAUCGAACACUAAAAAAAAAAAAAGAUAAAUUGAUAUGUUUUAUCUCUUCCCCCCCCCCCCCCCUCUCUUUCAUUUUUGGCCUUCCUGAAAUUAAAUCUUCGAAAUUUUACUGACUACAGUUUUCUUUUUCCCUCUUUUUUAAGUAAUAGAAAUCCUUCUAAUUAUAGUUUGAUGAUUGAUAUAUAGAUCUAGAAACUUUAAUAUAUUUUUUGUAUGCAUGUUUUUUUGUUACUUUUAUCUUCUUAUUAUUAUGUUAAUAUUUAUUUUUUUAUUGAACUUAGAGUAUGAUCGUUUGGAAAUAUAGUUUUAAUUUAGUUUGAGUUACAUGUAAAAUUGGUUAUGAAUUUAUUAAAUUAUACCAUAACAAUUAAAGAUUACUUCAUAUUAGGUUUUUCUGUAACAUUCUUAUUACUUUGUUAUUAUUGAUGUGAUAACACUUAGAUGGUUUGCCAUUUAAAAUAGGACUUCUUGUGUGAGAAAUUGAUUUUUUGAUGUAGACUUUGCUUUAUGUAAUAAAUCAACUGUAUUUCAACAUCAACUUAAUUCUGAUAGUUAGCUCAGCUUGAAAAACUUGGGAUCUUAUUUCUGUAGCGUGUUGGAAUUGCUAACCAUUUAAACUUUUUCUUUUUAGAAUGGACCAAUUUAAUGUUAAAUCUUCCUUUUUUAAUGUUCAAUAUUUGCAAAUAUGCAAAUCAUGUUUUCUUGUAUUGCCAGUAUUUAGAUAAAUAGAAUGAAAUCCUUGAGAGAAAUUAUUGAAUUUGUUUACUUAUGAAUUUUCAUUUAGUAAAAUUGCAUUCAGAAGGGAUUUGUGUGGCAUGAUAUUUUAUCUGAGUUGGUAAGAAUGAUGGAACCUUGAUUAUUGGCAUUCCUAUUCAUGGCCAGUCUUGUUUAAAUGCCAGCUGUACAGACCUUCUACUCUGCUUAUCGGCAUGCAGUACCCGCCACUAAUAAAAUCACUGGAUUAUAAAAUCGGCCGCUUUUUAAAAUCAAAACUGGAAGAACAGAAUCAUUGCAAUAUCAAAACAUGCUAAAACCAACUUUAAUAAAAUCACUAUUGCUGAUUUAUAAAAUCAAACUUUUGGACAUCAUACGUCAAAUAAUGAUAAAGAAGCACCAAGAAGUGAAGGAAUCUCAGAAGGUGAGGAAAUCUCAGUGUCUAAUUUGCCCUUUCCAAUAGACGUCAAAGAAGUGUUUGAUGUACUCUGAUGCACUAUAGAGCAAAGAGGAAAAGAUAACGUAGAAAGUUACAGAACAUUUUGAACAUUUUGUUAACUUUCAAAUUAUAUUGAAUCUUAAACUUUUCCAUUAUGGUAAAGUAUUGCUGUAUUGUUGUUUAAUUAAAACUCUUGUGCAAAUAAAAAGAAAUAUGUACCUCAUGUUUAUUUAAAAUGUCAACUGUAUUUUGGAACACUUCAAACAAAAAUAAAUGAAAUAAUUCAUUUCGUUUUUAGAGUUGUAUUUAAAUUUCAAAACCUUUCAUUUUUUAAGUGAGAGUAGGUAUGCCCGUUUAUAAAAUCGGCCGUUUUACAAAAUCAAGUGUCCUCAGAACGAAUGUGAUUUUAAUAAGUGGCGGGCACUGCAAUACCAUCAAGCUCUGGUUGUGACCUUCAGCCUUAGUAUGGUUCAUGUAGUGUUUACCAUGUGGCAGGAUCAAUUGCAAUAGUCUGCAACAGACCUACAGCUGAUUGGAAAAGAUCUGCAGGCCAUAACUCAAAUUUGAUAAAUACAAAAUAAAAUUUAAAUUUCUUUGAAGUAUGAAAUCAGUGGAUUGUACUUAGUUUUGAUUUUGUGCUUAGCAGGGCAUAUUUUAAGGAAAUUUGACUGUCCAACUUCUGCGGAAAGGAGGGGGGGAUUGUAAAUAUGCAGUUUAUGUUCCACAAAACUCGGUUUACGUGUUACGUGCUGCCAUCCAUUUGGAGUGUGAGACAUCAUUCUUUAAGAGUUUUAUUUAUUCAAAAAACUUUUGCUUGUGGGAACUGUUAGGGGUCACGCUUCCAUUUUUUUACAGAAAAAUAAAAAAUAUAUAGAAACACAUAACCCAUGGAAAAAUUUAGGAAAAUGUAGGUGGGCAAUUUCCCCAAAAAACCCCAUUAAAAUAUGCCCUGAUGCUCAGUAGGUAUUCAGUUGUCUUUUUCAACUGCUGUUCCAAGUACGACUUAGGGCCCAUGCUUUCAAAACUCAUGUUAUUAUGUCUAUAGUGCCCCUUUUGGAAGGCAUUUCUCCCCUCGACAAAAAAACUUAUUUUUAACAUUACGAAGCGUACCAUGCGUCAUGGAUUAACUUAGACAGCCCUGGAAUAGUGUUGUCGUGGGUAACAUCUGGAAUUGCUAAGAUGUUCGAGGGUCUGGGAAUAUUAUGACCAGAAAGGAUUUUGUUUUUAAAACUUAAGAUGUAUUUGAGUCAGUUUGUUUUUCGACAUAUGUUCCACUUUUCAACAUAUUCUCAUUUGGGGUUGUAAUGGAUAAACAUUUCUUGGUUUUUAGCAUACGAGGUUGCAGCACAUGAUAAACUAUGUUGUAACAUUUUCUCGUAGUUGCACAUAAUCAUUUUUUUUAAUGUCCCAUCAAUGCUUCAGCCCAAUGACUAACAAUUAAUCAGGAAUCUACUAUAUAUAUAUAUUUUUUUUUUUGCUUUUAUAAUUUUAUCUCUGGUUUUUGUGCACAAAUUGAGAACAUUUAUAAUAAUAUGCUGCUCUGUGUUUUGUAUGGUAUUGGUUUCAAUAUUAUUAUGUGUACUGUAUCAUCUUGAUGUAAAAAUUUAAUUCCAAAUACUAAUGAAAACAUGUAUGAAACUCAUUUUGUUACUAACCUUAAAAUAAACAUUUUAAAUUUCUGA